AUGGCUAAUAACCAUAAUUGGGCAGCUUUUGAUCAUAGAGUCAAGAAAGAAAGAUGGCAGGCCAGGAAAGAUAAAAGCCCUUUCUCUUGCUGGAAAAAGUUUUGUGCGAGUCAAGAAAAAUAUUACGAAACACACCGAGAAGCUCACGAUACCUUAGCCCGUUCACUGCAAGACACAGCAAGUGAAAGAUGGGAGAAGUUACGAGCACGUAGAAAUGAUCAUAAAGAUCAUAUACGGCUUCUAGAACAGCUGAAAGAACAAAAACCUAAAGCAAAUAAUCGUCUUAGGCGCACUCGAAGUUUUGAUCACGUUCAACCCUUACAGCAAGCAAAAGAACAACCAUCUGAAGCAAGAAGCAGUCACAGACGUACUCAGAGUCAUCGCUAG